UCAAAACUUAAGAAACUUCUUUCAAAUAGUCACCGACAGAGGUGGGUAGAGAAGCAGUAGCAUUACUUCAAAAAAAUUACCAUAAUUUUCGCACUAUAAGGCGCACCUGAUUAUAAGCCGCCACCCAGCAAAUUUGACACAAAAACUGCAUUUGUUCAUACAUAAACCGGACUGGAUUAUAAACCGCAGAUGUCCUUGCUGUAUUAUGGAAUAUUUACACCAAAAGAUUUUAACCAGUAACACUUUAUUUGACAGUGGCGUCAUACAACUGUCAAAAGACCAAAUGAACCACAAUGUAGCUUUAAAUCAAUUGGCUGCAAAGCCUCAUUGCUUCAAGAAGCUUCAUUUAUCCAUCACUGCUCCCCUGGGGGAGACGGUCAACCUCUGCUGCCACCUGCUGUCAACACUGACGUCAUCCAACAUGCCUCCUAGCAUGCAUUGCAGCCACAGAUGUAAAUAACAAUCAAAAUUCAUGUUCUGUGCAAAUUAAUUCUUCACUUACUGUUCUAGUCGUUUCAUUAAUGGCUUGUUAUGGUAUUUGGUAACACUUUAUUUGACAGUGGUGCCAUAAGACUGUCAUUAGUCAAUCAUAAUUAUAAUAUGACACCAUCAUGAGCAUUAGUGAAUGUUUAUAACAUGUAAUUUAGUGUUAUACAGCAAAUUAUCUCACUUUUGAAUGGAUGUAAAAGAUCCGAGCUGGACAUAAAUGGAGUUCAUGAUAUAAUUUGUCAGAUGAAACUUAAUGACAUCUGUCAUAAGCAUUCAGUAAUGCCCAUGACAGUGCCAUGUCAUAAUUAUGACAGUUUUAUGACAUUAUGACGCCGCUGUCAAAUAAAGUGUUACCUAUUAAUCCAAAUAAAUCAACAAAUAAGCAGCAUUGGACUAUAAACCGCAGAAUUCUAAAUGAAGGGAAAACGUCACGGCUUAUAGUCUGAAAAUUACGGGACUCAAGUAAGAGUAAAAGCCUUAAAUAUACUCAAUUACAAGUAAAAAAGUAUUUGGUGAAAAGUAUUUUUUUUCGAACAAUGGAUUUUUUUUUUUUUUUACUCAGCACAAAGUUAUCUAUAUGAACUGUUAUUGUUAUACUGGACUUGAACCUAUUUCAUAACCGCAUUAAGCCGAAGGAAAAAAAAAAAAAAAGUCAUAAAAUUUCAGCGAGAGAAAAAAAAUCUGCAGAACUGAAGCAUCAUUCAUCCAAAGAGCAUAAGUGCCCUCUAGUGGAGAAUAUAAUUCCAAGUGUGAAUACUAUUCACCGAAUAGUUGAAAAGUGAAUAGCCCCUAUUAUGAAGUUAAAAGGGUCAUAUCUCUUGUUUUCCGUGGUCAAUCGGAGCCAAAUAAAAAUUGGGAGAGAAGUUAAAAUCUGCACUUUCCAGUCAUGUUGAAGGCAGCGCCCUAUGUCAAAUAUUUAAUUUUUUUUUAACGUUGCUUUAAAGACGCCACGUGAUUGAACAGGGCAGCAUUAUCAUAAAAUGGCAAGCUUGAGUCUAAUUGUUAUAGUGGAGUCAUGUGAAUAUUGUUACGACGUCUCAUUGGUGAAACUGGUAGAGCUACUGUUGGCAUUGCAAAAAAAUAAAAUAAAUCUAUUAUGUAGAAUAAAGAGGAAAAAUGUAAAGACUAGUGUUGCCCAAGGUAGUGGAGUAAGAGUAGCGUUUCAUCUUCACAAAUCUACUCAAGUAAAAGUAAAAAGCAUGGCUUUUUAAAACUACUCUUACAAGUACAUUUUUCUCAAAAGGGUUUAAUGCUCUCGUAGUACCUGUAUUUCCAAAUAUUUAUAGUACAUAUAAAUGUACAUAUAUAUUUUGUUGUGUUAUGUUAUGUAAUGUUAAACAAAGGAUGCAAAUUAAUUUAUUAUCUAAUCAUUAGCCGUUUACUAGCUAAAAUGUGCCGCCUUUUUAAGUACGCAACAAUAUACUGAAAGCUGGUUGGCCAGCUAACAAGUAACCCUAGCGUCGACCAAUCAGGUAUCAGAUAACACAAUAGGAGUGCUCACCAUUAACAACUGCAUUAAAGCCCAAAAUAGGAUUUCUGUAAACAGCUUGCAGCCAACUAAGAGGAUCAAAGAGGCGUUUAACUUGUACUUAGCGUUGUUUCAAGUAGUCAAGUUGGUUAGAACGUCGCAGGGAAACACAUUUGGACCGGAGGAUGAGCGGGACCGGAGCGCGGAUCGACUACAGCGCCUGGGAUCACAUCGACGUUUCAGACGACGAUGACGUCACCAACCCGUACGUCGACACACCGAGUUUGUUUCGGAUGAGACAUCGGGUCCGUCUGGAGAAGAUGGCUGCAUUCCAGCAGAGGGGAGAAGACCUGGAGAGCAACCUGAACGAAUGCAGCAAGCUCCUGGAGGAGGCCCAGGAACGGCUUCAAGUGAUAAAAGCAAGGAAUGAGGUGGAUGAGGCUGAACUAACCAAGAUCCGGGCUGAAGUGAAGAAAAUGAGCAAGGACAAAAGACAGUUUGAGAAGAUGCUGGAAGAACACAAGAAUCAGGAGAAAAGACUUCCCUGGAAUGUGGACACCAUCAGCAAAGAGGGAUUUAGCAAGAGUAUUGUCAACAUGAAGCCUAAAGAAGAGACACAAGAGGAACAAGUAGAGAAGCACAAGAACUUUGUGGAGAAAUACGCCAAGGAAAUAAGACACUUUGGAAUGUUGCGGCGCUAUGAUGACAGCCAGAAGUAUCUGUCGGACAAUCCUCAUCUCGUGUGUGAGGAGACGGCGAACUGCCUCGUGGUUAUCUGUAUUGAAUAUGAGGUCGAUGAGAAGCACGCUCUGAUGGAACAAGUGGCCCACCAGUCCAUAGUCAUGCAGUCCAUCUUGAAUUUGGGCCGAGCGUUAAAGCAGGACCCCCGAAGCUGCUUCAGACAGUUCUUCUCAAGUAUGAAGAGUGCCGACCGGUCGGCCCGUGACGCGUUGGAGCGCGAGCUGGAGCUGUUGAAGGAGCGUGUGCAAAGCUGUGCCAGGAUGAGGAUGGAGGAGGCCAGAGAGGACUUGGAGGAGGAGGAAAAGCUUAAAAGAUUGGGCCCUGGUGGUCUUGAUCCUGUCGAGGUGUACAAGUCGUUGCCCAAGGACAUACAGAGGAGCUUCGAUGAGAAGAACGUGGAGAUGCUACACGAGGCCAUCAACAAACUGCACCCUGAUGAGGGCAAGUAUCACCUAUCGAGGUGCAUUGACUCUGGGCUGUGGGUGCCUGAGUCUGGAGGGGAUGAAGACGAUGAGGAAGCAGAUUAAACAGGCUGUGACUGGAACUGGACAGCGUGCUAUAUUUGUAUGUGUUGAUAGGUAGUUGAUGCAAUUAAUUUGUUGUCAUUUCAACCAUCAGGGGAAAAUGUGAAAAUCCACAUUGAACAUAUGAAAAUUCCACUUUCAAGGUUCAGUUUGAGCUAUUAUUAGCAAAAUAAUGAGUUGCAAUUAGAACAAUGGAAUAAUGUAUUUGGUGUUUUUGUGUCCAUUCAAUUAAGUAAAUUUCAUGAGAUGCAAGUGUAAUUUUCUGUGAAUAAUAAUUGCCCGUUAGCACCUUAUGACACUUACGCUAACUACCACAACACAUAAUCUGCCAAAUUUAAAGAAAAACAAUAAUACCGUUACAUUCACUCUGAGUAGCAGAGAAUGAUCGAUAGCACCUUUCACAAACAUAUCCCGGUAAAUUCCCGUGUAAGGUCACGCAGGAUUUACUUGCGUCAUUGCUUUCACACAUGUAGAGAUGUCCCGAUAAGACUUUCACGGACUCUGUUGCCCACUGGCGGUCUCUGUGCGGGGAGGGCUGCUGGCGCGGUUUUAUAACCUGGUCAUUAUGUAAUUUUUGGUCGGCAUCGGCUGUCACAAUGUUGGUCAAAACGUGUUACAUUACAGAGGUUGUGGGAGCAUUCCCGACAGCGUACCAGCAGCCAACUGAAGCUCAUUAAGACUGUAUUUAAGCCCCGGCGAUCCAAGAGAGGGGUGCCGAGAUAUUAACUUGCUGGGCGCCAUUCGACAACUCUGCCUUCCUUGUUUUGAAAUCUCCUAUGUUGUGCUGGUAUUUGAGUGUAUUUGUUUCAUUGGCUUAUCGGCUCUCUGCCUACCGCUUAGGUUAGUAUUACUUAUCCCCGUCGACUUACUGUCACAGACCCAUUGCGUUAUUCCCAGUUUUCCGCGAACGCGUGUAAUUUUGUUUGUAUUUAAUAAACCCCUGAACCAAGGGCGUAGGUUUGCAUAGGGACGGUAGGGACAUAACACUACCAACUUUUCAGGAUGUUCAAAUUGUCCCCACCAACUUUUAAGCAACCUUAUUUGCAUUAUAUGAGUUCAGUGAUAUAGGUAAUUUAGAUUGUAUUCCCAUAUGUUGUAAGGAUAGAACAGACCCUACUAUUAUUAAGUGAAUUAUUUUCAUUAUGCUCAGAUUUACAUUUAUCCCUUUUCAUUUGCUGAAUGGUGCACCCCCGCCCCCCCAAACGCACAUUUGACUGGCUGAUGACUUGACAGAGGUGGGUAGAGUAGCCAAAAAAUUCACAGUAAGAGAAGCUUUGCUUCUAAAUAAUAUUACUCAAGUAAAAGUUGUCAUCAAAAACAUUAUUCAAGUACAAGUUAAAAAAAAAUGUUCGUUGAAAAUAAUACUCAAGUAAUGAGUAACAUUGUGAGUAACUGCUUACAAUGUUUUUUUUUUUUUUUUUUUUUUUUUUUUCCUCAGCACAAUUUGAUUGAUAUGAACUGUUGUUAUUACUACUACACUAUAUCAUUAUUAUAAACUAUUACAUGAACAUAUUAGGCUAAAAAAAUGACCAAAAAAAAAUCCUUCAAUUCAGACCAGAACAACAAUAUGAAACAAAGAGCGCGAGCGCCCUCUAGUGGUGGAGAAAAAAAAAUUAUUAACUCUGAUUGAUAUAAUGGAGUCAUGUGGUUGUUUCGACGUCUCAUUGGUGAGACUGAGGCGGCUACUGUUGGCAUCUCUAGCAAUAAUAAAAUCAAUAUGUAGAAUGAAGACAAAAAAAUAUAACGACUCUCGUGUAGGCCAAAGUAGUGGAGUAAGAGUAGUGUUUCUUCACGAACCUACUCAAGUAAAAGUAUAAAGUAUUGUGUGGUAAAACUACUCUAUGAAUUACAUUUUUCUAGAAAAAGUUACUCAAGUAAAUGUAACUGAGUGAAUAUAACGCGUUACUACCCACUCCUGGACUUGACCCAACCCACCUCCUCCGCCCCCACCGAAAAGGAGGGAUAUUAGAAUAUUUUUUUUCGGCCAGCACCAGUAACUGCUGGCCACUAAUGUAAAAAUACGUCAAUGUUGUAGAUGUGGGGGAAACACCACUAAUUUUGAUAAAGAAAGUACGACUAGCAUCAGAGUUAGCAUAACAUUAAACUGUGUGGACAUGCUAACCUGCAAAACUACUGCGGUCAGGCCAGCCUCCACAAAGAAAAACAAAGUCAAGCUAGCCGUCCCUCAUUUGGAUCUUUGUUUGCAUUAUGUGCAUUACAAUAAUGCAACGCAGUGGCUUCAGAGUGCAAGUCCCUUUAUUAUUAAAAAAAACAAAAAACGGGGAGCUAUCAAAGAUUGGGUCCACUUCAGGGGGACACUGACAUAAACAUGAGCUGACAUGGGAAAAAACAUUGUGAAAGAAAUCACGUCAGAAUUUCAGGAGAGUCUGGGGUAGUCUCGUAUGCCUCAGAUGUAGAUCGGUCCUUGGAUAUCUCAGAUUAUUACCUAAACCAAUACACAUGAAAGUUAGUAUAAAUCAACAGAUUUAUUUUGCAUUAAUCAAUUAAUAAGGUUCAUAUUGGUGAGAAAUGUAGCCCUGACCCUCGUUCAGUAAUCUGUUUGGACAUAUUAAUAUUCUGUUCCAAGCAAAAAGUGUACAUGCAGGUUCUGCUGUUAUAUCGUCCCUACCAAUGUUGAGACCAAACCUAUGCUCUUGCCUUGAACGCAUCCCUCUGUUGUUUUGUACUUUGAGGUACAACCUGGUUUCCGCAGUUGCGGACCCUAACAUCAGCAACAAAAUAAACCACACAUUUCCAGAGAUGGACGAUGGAAUCUUCUGCGACUCCACAAUCUACAAGCAAUGGCGUACCGCACGCAGGCUAUUUUUAGACCGUGACGUCGCAUCGUAAAGCGGAAGUAAAGCCGAAGUGGGACAUUAUAGACCCGCCCUCGCAUAGCCCCAACAUAAAAAGUGCUACUUUUCGCCGGUAAUCUUUCAAAAACGAACAUGGCGAUCACGCAUUGCUUUUUUGGAACUUGUAGAAACGACUCUAGACAUUACGACCAUGAAGGAUGUUUUCUUCAUACGUUCCCGGAAACCAAAAACUCGGGAGGAAAAAAUGUGAAAACCGAAUCAACAUGCGCGGACUUUAACACCAGCUCGGCGAAUCCAUUCACGUUUCAUAUGCAGUAAACAUUAUGUUGGGUUGGCAUGGUCUUUCAGAGGACAAAGAGGUAAGCCAUUUUUAUAUUUUUACUUUAUUUUUUUUUGUGUAACGUUGUGCCGUACUGCUUCUGUCUGACAAUGAAUGACCUGAAAAAACUACAAUGGUAUUUGACUGCCACUGUUACCGUUUCUGUUAUAUAUAUAUAUAUAUAUAUAUAUAUAUAUAUAUAUAUAUAUAUAUAUAUAUAUAUAUAUAAAAAC